AUGGCUGUGAUUUCGUUACCAGUUGGACUCGGUCUGGGUCAGGCGCUCGGCCUCACAACGAUCGCAGUGGUUCUCUACCAUGCUUUCAACAUCAUCUACAACCUCCGAUUCCACCCCCUGUCGUCUUUCCCAGGACCCCUGGCCCGCCGCGCCUCACGCCUCCCAUACACCCUCUCCAUCCUCAACGGUCGUCUUCACACCGACACCGCAGCCCUCCACCGCAAGUAUGGGCCGGUCGUACGCGUCGCGCCGAACGAGCUGGCCUUCGCGGACCCGUCGUCCUGGAAGGACGUCAUGGGCGGCGGUUCCAAGGAGCUGGCCAAGUGGGGCGAGGCGUACCUCAUCCCUGAGUUCAUGCCGCCGCAUCUGCAGAACACUGUCGAUAAGGAGCACCACAAGAUGCUCCGGCGGGCCGUGGCCCCGGGGUUCAGCGACCAGAGCUUGAGGGCGCAGGAGGGUCUCGUCGCCAAGUACAUCAACACCCUCGUCGAGAGACUGAGGGAGCGCUGUGUCGCCGGAGGGCCUUCGAACGGCAGCUUCGGCCAAGACGCCGAGAAGUCCGGCUCUGGUGGUCCCUCGGCCGUUGUCGACAUGGAGAGGUGGUAUCGCUUCACCGUGUUCGACAUUAUCGGUGACCUGGCCUUGGGCGAGUCGUUCGGCUGCCUGAAUGGUGGCGACUUCCACCCCUGGAUCAAGGGGGUCACCGACGCAGGCAAGGUCAUGUGGCUGCUUACUGCCGCGAGCAUGUAUCCCAUCGCCAAGAAAGUCUCCAACUGGCUGUUCGCGACCGUGGCCACAAGGGGCUUCGAGAUGCACAACAACAUGGUGAAGCCAAUGAUGGAGAGGCGCUUGGCUCAGGGAGCUGACCGACCUGAUCUCAUAAACCCGAUCAUAAUGAAGAAGGACGAGUGGAAUCUCACGGCCACCGACAUGAUCUCCCAUGCCACCGUCUUCAUCGGUGCCGGCAGCGAAACAACGGCUGGUGUUCUGACAGCCGUCACGUCCUUCCUCCUCGAUAACCCAGACAAGCUUGAUAGACUGAAACAGGAAGUCCGUCCCGCGUUCAAGUCGCCAGCUGAGAUUUCUUUGGAUGCCGUGAACAGCCGUCUGCCCUAUCUCGUCGCCUGUACCGAGGAGGCUCUGAGGCUCUAUCCGCAAACAGGCGUCCCGUCUCUUCGGAUCUCUGGGGACAACGAUAUAAUCUGUGGCAUCCCGGUGCCCCCAAAGACGGUGGUGGGGAUUUGGGUGUGGUCCAUGUACAGAGACCCCAAGCUGUUUGCGAACCCGGAUGAGUUCCAUCCCGAAAGAUUCCUUGGUGACCCGCAGUACGCCAACGAUGACCGUGACGCGUUGAAGCCCUUUUUCACGGGGACGAGAGACUGCAUUGGAAGGGGACUCGCCGUCAUGGAACUACGUCUCGUGCUUGCUCACAUGAUAUACAACUUUGACAUAGAGUUGCAGCCUGAUAGCAGGCACUGGACCCAAGAUCAGAAGAAUCUUUUCAUUGUGUGGGACAAGUCGCCUUUCAAUGUACGGUUAAGGCCUGUGGGGCACGAGGCAAAAGCUUAG